GCCAGAGCCGCUCACGAUGGAGCGAGACGUACGCAGCCGAAGGGAGGAAACAAGAAGGCACAAGUCCCUGAAGGAGAGUGAAGUGGCCAGAUACAGGGAGGCAAGAGCUGCCAGGAAGAAGCUCCUCGGCCCUGCACACAAGUACAUGUUGGACAUCCUGGCUGACAGACUCUCCCUGGACCUGCAAACCGUCCAAGACUUUGUUUUAGAUUCACCAUCUCUGGCCCCAUUUGAUGAUUUCUUUGCCAAAGGAGGAUGUAAAACAAUCUCCUUUGUGUACCAAAUGUCUGACAUCCCAGGAGUAGAGUGUGGCCGCUCAUUCACUGGAACAGCCAAAAGGGCUAAAAUACUGAGAUUAUUUUUGGCAGAUUUAUCGCAGACAUGUCUCACAGGCGUGUGCUGCUUUUUUGUGAGAACUAGGCUUGACUCUCCUGUCAAUCCAGACAGUGUACACAAGGAGAUCUACUUCUCGAUGCUGGAUGCCACUGAUGGCAUCCUGAAAGGAACCUGCAAUCUGUUGUCCAAAUUUCUGCUGCCAUCCUUGAAUGCAGCACAAGACUGGGGAGGCAUAAAUAAAUCUCAACACGGAGAAAAACUGAAACAGAACUUCAAGGACACCUUAAAACGUUCCAUUACCUUCUUAGAUAAUGUCCAACUGAGGAUUGAGAGUGUUGUCCAUUUCAACAUACCCACCGACGUUGAUUACUCCAAACUGAUUCUCCUGGAUGAUCUAAAAGCUGCAGCAGCAGACGUAGACAUGGUGCAGCGGCUGGAACAAAUCCUGAAGCAGUGGUUUGAGCGGAUUGAGCAGGUCCUCACAGAGAGUGACCAGGUCAGGAGAGAAGCUGACUCAGCAGGGCCGCUGACAGAGCUGGAAUUCUGGAAAAGGAAGUCGGUCAAGUUCAACUCCAUCAUUAAUCACAUCAGAAGCCCAGAGUGUCAGGCAGUGGUCAUGGUGCUCUUUGUCAACGGCUCCAAGACUCUGAAGAUGUGGCGGAAGCUGGAUGCACAGAUAACAGAACGCACCAAUGAGGCGAAAGAUAAUGCAAAAUUCCUGGGCGCACUGGAGGAAGCCUGCCAGCCUCUGUACAACAGUGACCCGUGUACCAUGGCGAAAAGCGUUCAGCACCUCAUCAGUGUCAUUCAGAUGAUUCACAGUGUCUCACGGUACUACUACACCUGUAAAAAUAUUACCAGACUCUUCGCAAAAGUUACAAAUCAGAUGCUGACAGCAUGCAGAGCACAUAUCACUGACAACGGCACCCGUCAAAUCUGGGACCAGGACGCUGAAGACGUCAUCAAGAAAAUUCAGGACUGUAUCCAUUUGUAUCAGGAGUAUCAGUCUUGCUUCCACAAAACAAAAACUCAGGCAAAUGAAAGGACCGGAAAGAGGCUCAUUGAGGUUUCAGAGACGCACAUUUUCUGCAAGUUUGAAGGUUUCUGCAGGCGACUGGAAAAGCUCGCCCAGAUGAUCACAGUGGUGGAGACAUUCUCUGUUCUUGGAAAAUCCAACAUUGAGGGCAUUGAGGUUCUGGCAAGGCAGUUCCACAGCAUAUCCAUGAAGGCCAAGAAGAAGCAGUGCGAUGUACUGGCUCAAAGGAAACAUGAAUUUGAUAAGGACUUCGCUGAGUUUAUGGCUCAAAUCAUCAAUCUUGAGAACCAGCUGCAGGUUUUCAUGAAUUCACGUUUCCUGAAAAUCCUCUCUUCACGGCAAGCUUUGUGUCUGUUACAAAGUUUUCAGAAGCUGAACUUGCCCUUUUUAAAGACAGAAGUAUCCAAGACUUUGGAUCGUCUCCUUCAGCACUAUGCCUCAGAAGUAGAGUUUGUGAUUAAGCUCUAUCAGGAACACAGAGAUAACCCCCCUUUAGCCAGAGACAUGCCUCCUGUGGCGGGCAGAAUCACGUGGGUCAGGCACCUCCACCAGAUGAUAGAGGAACCCAUGUCAUACAUAAAAGAAUACCCUGACAUCCUAAAGUGUCCUGAGGGAAAGAAAGUGUUGAAAAUGUACAACCGGACUACAUUUGAGCUCUUGAAGUUUGAGAUUCUGCUCCACAAAGCCUGGAAAAAGGAUGUCUCAUGGCUAGAAUAUGCUUUACGAGUCACACUACUGGUUCCCCACCAAAAGACCGGAAAACUUUUUGUCAACUUUGACCCUAAAAUAUCUGAAGGCAUUCGGGAGACAAAGUGCAUGCUGAGGAUGGGCCUGGAGGUUCCAGAACAGGCUCUGUAUCUGCUCCACUCAGAAGACAAGCUGAAUGCCAUUCAACUCCAACUAAAGACCCUUUUGGCAGACUACGAGUAUACUUGUGAGAACAUACCUGAGUUGUUCGCUAACUUCAUGGCCUCAAAAAGAAGAAAACUGGAGUGUGUGCUUCGCCAAGGGUCAGUGUUUCUCACCUGGUCGUCUUUCAUCCUGGACAGCUUCUUGCAGAAUGUUAACACAGCUAUGUCUGAGCUCAGACAUCUCCUGCAGAAGGUGCAAGAAAUCUAUAAAACUCGCAUUGAUGAUGUUCUCAAAGACAUUUCAGAGACGAUGCUGAUUGAGCUUCCAGAAAAUCAACCAUCUUCACUGUUGUACCUGAUCGACACAAACCAGAAUCGGUGUAAGGAGUGCGCAGACACAUUAAAUCACAAAAGUGGCCGUGUGGAGGAAGCAGUGAUGGAGCUCAUUAACACUUUCAGUGCCAUUUAUCCCUCUAAAGGCACCAGGAAAACUGUUGAGAAACCCAUUCAAGACGCCACAACCUCCAAAACAGAUGAUGGAAUCAAUUCUGAGGCUCAAGACGGUGGUAAAGACAGCAACUUUGAAAAAGAGUGCAGGAAGAUGUGUGACCACCUCAGUGCCAAGCUGUUGGACGCACUGGUCAAAGCAACCAAGUUAUCUCUGGACACUCUGAAGAGGAGGAUUUUUGCUGCUACAUCUCUUCAUUCAAAAUCUGGGUCUGAUCUGGUCACCCUUGUCAAAUCUGAAGUCCACCUGGUCAAGCCCAAUGUGGUAAUGAAUCCCACAUUAGAUGACAUCCAGCAGGCCAUCAACCAGCUGGUUCACUUGGUGCUAGAAGUUAGCCGAGGCGUUGCAUGCUGGGGACAGAGGAGAAAUCUUGAUGACAUGAAAGACAAAGAGGAAGUGCAGAACUUCUACCAGAGUGUUGCCGAACACAAGGACAUCAGCAGGCUCCUCGUCAUCCUCAGCUCGGCUGUCAUGUCCUUCAAGACGCAGGCCAGCAACACUCUGAAGCAGUUCCAUCCAUUCAGAGUCAUCUGGGCUGAGGACAGGGACUGUAAAGUCAAGGAAUUCAUGGACGGCAAACCAGACUUAGAUCAGAUCAAAUCUGAAAUCCAGCGCUACGCCUCCAUCCAACAGGAGAUUGAUGACAUCAAGCCCAUCAUUAUUCUGGAGUCCAUUGAACUGUCAACAGUUCCAUUAAAGGUGAACCUGACAUGUGAGACCAAGGCCUGGAAGAAACUGCUGUGCAGACACCUGAAGGAUGAGUACAGGAAGAAAAUGAUUGACAUUAGCACCUUCACUGGCAAGCACCUCCUGCAGCUGUCCAGACCCAUCGCCAGUCUGGAGGACAUGCGCUGUGCCAUGGAGGCCCUGUCCAAGCUCCGCGAUGCUGACAUACACAUCGACAUGACCCUGGUGUCCAUAGAGGAUGCCUAUGAGAUUCUACAGAGGUCUGAAGCAGAGGUUACCAAAAAGGAGGCAGCAGGAGUGGAGAACCUGAGAUUGUCCUUCAACAAGCUCCAGUCCAAAGCCAAAUCAGUACAAGAUGCACUUGUCUGUAUGCAGCCCAAGUUCAAACAAAGCCUCCUGGAGAGUGUUGCUGUUUACCAAAACGAUGUUGUCAGUUUUAUAGAGCACUAUGAUUCAGAGGGUCCUAUGGUGGCUGGAAUAGCACCUGAUGAGGCCAGCCGCCGGCUCCACAUCUGUCAGGCUACAUUUGAUGAACUGUGGAGAAAGUUCAUCACAUAUUCUGCUGGUGAGCAGCUGCUUGGCUUGCCAGUGACAAAUUAUGAAGCUCUUGAAAACAAAAGAAAAGAGCUUGGCCUGCUACAGAAACUCUACGGCCUGUAUGAUGCUGUGAUGAAUACCAUCAGUGGGUACUACAGCAUCCUGUGGACAGAUGUGGAUAUCGACAAGAUCAACACAGAACUGUUGGAAUUUCAAAACAGGUGUCGUAAGCUGCCCAAAGGCCUGAGGGAGUGGCAGGCCUUCCUGGACCUGAAGAAGAGGAUUGACGAUUUCCGUGAGUCUUGCCCUCUGCUGGAAAUGAUGGCAAACAAAUCCAUGACUACGAGACACUGGGAUCGGAUCUCAAACCUGACGGGACACAGGUUCGAUGUGGAGUCUGACACCUUUGCACUGCAGAACAUUAUGGAAGCUCCUCUGCUGAACUCUAAGGAGGAGAUUGAGGACAUCUGCAUAUCCGCUGUGAAGGAGAAGGACAUUGAAGCCAAGCUGUCGCAGGUGGUGGAGGUCUGGUCCAACCAGACGCUGAGCCUGAUGACCUUCAAGGACAGAGGAGAGCUGAUGCUGAAGGGGGCGGAGACAGCCGAGAUCCUCACCAUCAUAGAGGACAGUCUCAUGUCGCUGGGCUCGCUGAUGAGCAACAGAUACAACGCCCCCUACAAGUCAGAUAUCCAGGACUGGGUCUCCAAGCUCUCAACGUCAUCUGAUAUCAUUGAACAGUGGAUCUGUGUACAGAACCUGUGGAUCUACCUGGAGGCCGUGUUUGUUGGAGGAGACAUUGCCAAAGAACUGCCGCAGGAAGCCCAGCGUUUCCAGAAAAUUGACAAGUCCUGGGUCAAGGUAAUGCAGCGUGCCCAGAGGGUCCCAAAUGUGGUGGAGUGCUGUGUUGGGGAUCCAGUUGUGGGACAACUCCUGCCAGAUCUUCAGAAACAGCUGGAGCUCUGCCAGAAGUCUCUUGCAGGGUACCUGGAGAAAAAGAGGCUCCUGUUCCCAAGAUUCUUCUUUGUGUCUGAUCCAACUCUUUUGGAAAUCCUCGGUCAAGCCAGUGAUUCUCACACAAUUCAGGCACACCUACUUGGAGUGUUUGACAAUGUCAAUGAAGUGGAAUUUCAUCCCUCAGAGUACGACAAGAUUUUGUCUGUUAUCUCACAAGAAGGAGAGAAACUGCUGCUGGACCACCCGGUGAUGGCUCAGGGGCCGGUGGAGCUCUGGCUUGGGGAACUGCUGCUCCAACAGCAGGCCUCCCUGCACUCUGUCAUCAGAGCUGCUGACCUCCAGAUCAACGACCCCGACUUCCAGCUCCUUCCCUUCCUCAACCAGUUCCAAGCACAGGUGGGCUUGCUGGGAAUUCAGAUGCUUUGGACAAGAGAUGCAGAGGAGGCACUGUGCUAUGCCAAAGACGAAUGGGACAUCAUGCCCUACACCAACCAGAAAUUCCUGACUUUACUCAACACACUCAUUUCACAGACAACCCAUGACCUGACCAAGUUUGACAGAGUAAAGUUUGAGACACUGGUGACAAUCCAUGUGCACCAGAGAGAUAUAUUCAACGACCUGGUGAGAAUGCGUAUCAAAUCCGUCAGUGAUUUUGAAUGGCUUAAGCAGAGCAGAUUUUACUUCAACGAUAACCUGGAUCAGGUGGUUGUGUCCAUCACUAAUGUCGACUUCAUUUACCAGAAUGAGUUUUUAGGCUGCACCGACCGUCUGGUCAUCACUCCUCUGACCGACAGGUGUUACAUCACACUGUCCCAGGCCCUGGGCAUGAGCAUGGGAGGAGCCCCUGCAGGGCCAGCUGGCACUGGGAAGACUGAAACCACCAAAGACAUGGGUCGCUGUCUGGGCAAGUACGUGGUGGUCUUCAACUGCUCCGACCAGAUGGACUUCAGAGGGCUUGGCAGAAUCUACAAAGGCCUCGCGCAGUCCGGGUCCUGGGGCUGCUUUGACGAGUUCAACAGAAUUGACCUGCCAGUGCUGUCAGUGGCUGCUCAGCAGAUCUAUAUUGUUCUGACAGCACGAAAGGAGCACAAGAGCACGUUCAUCUUCACCGAUGGAGACUGUGUGGAUCUGAAUCCAGAGUUUGGCCUGUUCAUCACCAUGAACCCAGGCUACGCAGGGCGCCAGGAACUUCCUGAAAACUUAAAGGUGCAGUUCAGGACGGUGUCUAUGAUGGUACCAGACCGGCAGAUCAUCAUGAGAGUCAAACUGGCCAGUUGUGGUUUCAUCGAGAACGUUAUCUUAGCCCAGAAAUUCUUUGUCCUGUAUAAACUCUGUGAGGAGCAACUUACAAAACAGGUUCACUAUGACUUUGGUCUGAGGAACAUCUUGUCUGUGUUGAGGACGCUGGGGGCCAGUAAACGAGCACGACCUGAUGACACAGAGUCCAGCACUGUCAUGAGAGUGCUGCGCGACAUGAACCUGUCCAAACUGGUGGAUGAAGAUGAGCCCCUCUUCCUCAGUCUCAUCAGUGACCUGUUCCCUGGCAUCCAGCUGGAUGGCAGCACGUACGCCGACCUGCAGACCGCUGUGGCCCAUCAGGUGGAGCUGGCUGGCAUAGUCAACCACCCACCAUGGAACCUCAAGCUGGUUCAGCUCUACGAAGCUUCACUUGUGCGCCAUGGCCUGAUGACGCUGGGCCCCAGCGGAGCCGGGAAGACCAUGGUCAUCAACACUCUGAUGCGAGCGUUGACUGAAUGUGGAGCCCCUCACAAGGAGAUGCGCAUGAACCCCAAGGCCAUCACUGCGCCUCAGAUGUUUGGACGCCUUGAUGCAGCCACCAACGACUGGACCGACGGCAUCUUUUCCACUUUGUGGAGGAAGACGCUCAAAGCCAAGAAAGGUGUGUUCACCUGGAUUGUGCUGGAUGGCCCUGUGGAUGCCAUUUGGAUUGAGAACCUGAACUCUGUCUUAGAUGACAAUAAAACCUUGACCUUGGCUAACGGGGACCGCAUCACCAUGUCUCCGUCCUGUAAGCUGCUGUUUGAGGUGCACAACAUGGACAACGCGUCCCCUGCCACCGUGUCCCGUGUGGGCAUGGUCUUCAUGAGCUCCUCAGCUCUGAGCUGGAGACCCAUCCUGCAGGGAUGGACUCACAAGCGCAACGCACAGGAGGCAGACAGCAUCAUUAGUUUAUAUGACAAGAUCUUUGAGGAUGCUUAUUUAUAUAUGAAACAAAACCUAAAACCUAAAAUGGAGCUUUUGGAGUGCAACUACAUAAUGCAGUCUGUGAAUCUGCUGGAGGGCCUGAUCCCCUCGAAGGGGGCCGGGGGCCUGGCCAGCAGCAUGCACCUGGAGCGCCUCUUUGUGUUCUGCCUGAUGUGGAGCCUGGGAGCCGUGCUGGAGCUGGAUGACAGGGAUAGGCUGGAGGCCUUCCUCAGAGCACAUGACAGCAAAAUAGACAUGCCUUCCCAGCAGCCAGGAGAAACCAUGUUUGAGUACCUGGUCAACUCAAACGGUGACUGGCAUCACUGGAAUAAUUAUGUGAGCGAGUACCUCUAUCCAACUGACCACGUGCCCGACUAUGCCUCCAUUCUGGUACCAAAUGUGGAUAACACAAGGACCACUUUCCUGCUGGAGACGAUUGCCAAACAGCGCAAGGCUGUGCUGCUCAUUGGUGAACAAGGGACAGCCAAGACAGUGUUGAUAAAAGGCUACACCAAAAAAUAUGAUCCUGAGACAGAUCUGUCCAAGUCCCUGAACUUCUCAUCUGCGACUGAGCCCAUGAUGUUCCAGCGCACAGUGGAAAGUUACAUUGAGAAACGGAUUGGCAGCACUUAUGGACCCCCUGGGGGGCGCAGGAUGACCAUCUUUGUCGAUGACAUCAACAUGCCUGUCGUGAAUGAGUGGGGAGAUCAGAUCACCAACGAGAUAGUACGGCAGAUGAUGGAAAUGAGUGGCAUGUACAGUCUGGACAAACCAGGAGACUUCACCACCGUUGAGGACGUGCAGAUUCUGGCUGCAAUGAUCCACCCGGGCGGCGGGAGAAAUGACAUCCCACAGAGACUGAAGAGGCAGUUCACUGUUUUCAACUGCACUCUGCCAUCAAACUCCUCCAUCGAUAAGAUCUUUGGUGUAAUGGGCUGUGGAUAUUUCCAUGCAUGCAGGGGAUUCAAGCCUGAGGUAUCAGAAAUGGUGAAACAUCUGGUGUCCGCGGGCAGGAUCUUGUGGCAGCAGACCAAGGCAAAAAUGCUGCCAACACCAUCCAAGUUCCACUACAUCUUCAACCUGAGAGACUUGUCCAGGAUCUGGCAGGGGAUGUUAAACAUCCGGUCUGAGGAGUGUGAUGAUACCCCAACUCUCCUGGCUCUGUUCAAGAGUGAAUGUACGAGGGUGAUUGCUGACAGGUUUGUGUGCUUUGAAGACAGAGACUGGUUUGGGAAAGCUGUGUCCCGUGUGAUCCAGGAGCACGUGGACCCCGGCCUCAUCCCACAGCUUCAUCCUGAGCCGUACUUUGUGGACUUCCUGCGAGAUGCCCCUGAGCCCACUGGAGAAGAAGGGGACGAUGCCUGUUUUGAUGCCCCCAAAAUCUACGAGCUGGUCCCGAGUUUUGAGCUGUUGUCAGAGAAGCUGAUCAUGUAUCAGACUCAGCACAACGAGACAGUCAGAGGAUCCAGCCUGGACCUGGUCUUCUUCAUGGACGCCAUGACUCACCUCGUCAAGAUCUCACGCAUUAUUCGAACUGACAACGGAAACGCUUUGCUGGUGGGGGUGGGAGGAUCAGGAAAACAGAGCCUCACUCGCCUGACCUCAUAUAUAGCAGGAUACAGCAUCUUUCAGAUCACACUGACCAGGACGUACAACAUAAGUAACCUCAUGGAUGACCUGAAGCUGCUGUACAAAACAGCCGGAGCCGAUGGUAAAGGCAUCACGUUCAUCUUCACGGACAACGAAAUCAAAGAUGAAGCCUUCCUUGAGUACCUCAACAAUGUGCUUUCCUCUGGAGAGGUUUCCAACCUUUUUGCUAAAGAUGAGAUAGAUGAGAUCACCCAGAACCUGAUCCCUGUGAUGAAGAAAGAGUUUCCUCGUGUUCCACCAACUUUUGACAACCUGUACGAGUACUUCAUAUCCCGGGCCAGGAAGAACCUGCAUGUGGUUCUGUGCUUCUCACCAGUUGGUGAGAAGUUCCGUUCCAGAUCCCUGAAGUUCCCGGGCCUAAUCUCAGGCUGCACCAUGGACUGGUUCACCCCUUGGCCCACUGAGGCUCUUGCAGCUGUGUCCAACUAUUUCCUGUCAGAGUUUCCCAUGGCCUGCUCUGCUGACGUGAAGGCUGCCGUGGUGAAUGGCAUGGCGACGUAUCACGACAAAGUAUCUGAGAGCUGCGAGAGCUACUUUGAAAGGUUUCGAAGGAGAACUCACGUGACGCCUAAAUCCUACCUCUCUUUUAUAAACGGGUACAAAACCAUGUACUCCGAAAAGUACGAGCACAUCAACACGCUAGCAGAGCGCAUGAAUAUUGGGCUGUCCAAACUGAUGGAGGCAAGUGAGUCAGUGAGUCAGCUGUCCAAAGACCUGGUGGUGAAGGAGAAGGAGCUGGCUGUGGCCUCUGUCAAAGCUGACAAGGUGGUGGCCGAGGUGACGGUCAGCGCCGAGGCUGCUACCAUCGUGAAGAAUGAGGUCCAGGUUGUGAAAGACAAAGCCCAGAAAAUCGUGGAGGAGAUUGAGAAGGAGAAAGCCAUCGCUGAGGUCAAACUGGAGGCCGCCAAGCCGGCUUUAGAGGAGGCUGAGGCUGCACUGAACACCAUCAAGCCUGCUGACAUUGCUACUGUGAGGAAACUGGCCAAGCCUCCACACCUGAUCAUGAGGAUCAUGGACUGCUGCCUGCUGCUGUUCCAGAAGAGGGUGGACCUCGUCACCGUGGAUCCAGAACGGAGAUGCGUCAAGCCGUCAUGGGGAGAAGCCAUGAAGCUCAUGAGUGCCAGUGGGUUCCUGAACUCCCUCCAGCAGUUUCCUAAGGACAGCAUCAACGAGGAAACAGUGGAACUGCUGCAUCCCUACUUUGACAUGGAGGAUUACACACUGGAAAACGCAAAGAAAGUGUGUGGAAACGUCGCUGGUCUGCUGUCCUGGACCAGGGCCAUGGCCAUGUUCUUCGGCAUCAACAAAGAAGUGCUGCCUCUCAAGGCAAACCUGGCUGUUCAGGAGCGCAAGCUAACCGGAGCUAACGCCGAGCUAGCCAAAGCUCAGGCCCAGCUGGAUGAGAAGCAGGCUGAGUUCGACAAAGUCAAGGCCAAAUGUGACGCUGCCAUGAAAGAGAAACAGGACUUGGUGGAUGACGCUGAAAUGUGUAGGAAUAAAAUGCAGGCGGCAUCGGCUCUUAUCGAAGGACUCAGCGGAGAGAAAGUUCGCUGGAUAGAACAGAGCAAAGAAUUUAAGUCACAGAUCAACAGACUUGUGGGGGAUGUUCUCCAGCUCACUGGCUUCCUGUCCUACUGUGGGCCCUUCAACCAGAGUUUCCGCCAGAUGCUGCUGCAAGACAUCUGGAAGGCAGAGCUCCAGAGCCGCAAAAUCCCUUUCACAGAAAACCUCAACCUCAUUUCAGAAUUAGUGGACCCUCCCACUAUCAGCGAGUGGAACCUGCAGGGACUGCCGGGAGAUGACCUGUCGGUACAGAACGGCAUCAUCGUCACUAAAGCGACAAGAUUUCCUCUCCUCAUCGACCCUCAGACUCAAGGAAAAGCUUGGAUCAAGGAGAAAGAAAAAGACAACUCACUCCAGGUGACAUCCCUCAAUCAUAAGUUCUUCCGCACUCAUCUGGAGGACGCUCUCACACUGGGAUGCCCACUGCUUAUUGAGGACAUAAGCGAGGAGCUGGACCCCGCGCUGGACAAUGUGCUGGAGAAGAACUUCAUCAAAUCUGGCUCCAGUUACAAGGUGAAAGUGGGAGACAAAGAGGUCGGUGUGACAGAAGGCUUCCGGCUCUAUAUAACCACUAAGCUGCCUAAUCCGGCGUACACCCCGGAGGUCAGCGCCAAGACCUCCACCAUCGACUUCACUGUGACCAUGAAAGGCCUGGAGAACCAGCUGCUGCGCCGCGUCAUCCUCAAAGAGAAAUAUGAACUGGAAGCAGAGAGGUUGAAGCUGAUGGAGGAUGUGACUGCUAACAAGAGGAAGAUGAAGGAGCUGGAGGACAACUUGCUGUACAAGCUCAGCACCACCAAAGGCUCCUUGGUGGAUGACGAGUCUAUGAUCGGCAUCUUGAGCACCACAAAGCAGACAGCGGCUGAAGUCAAUACGAAGCUCAGCGUCGCAGCGGUGACGGAGGUUAAGAUCAACACGGCACAGGAGGAGUACCGUCCUGCCGCCGCCCGGGGCAGCAUCCUCUACUUCCUCAUCACGGAGAUGAGCAUGGUCAACGUCAUGUACCAGACCUCCCUGACGCAGUUCCUCAAAAUCUUUGAUCUGUCCAUGGACAAGUCUGAGAAAUCUCCUUUGACUGAUCAGCGGAUUGCCAAUAUCAUUGAUUAUCUGACUUACGAGGUGUUCAGGUACACAGUCCGAGGCCUGUAUGAAGAGCACAAGUUCAUCUUCACGUUCUUGUUGGCCCUCAAGAUUGAUCUGCAGAAGAAGAAAAUAGAGCACAACGAGUUUCAGAUUCUCAUUAAAGGAGGUGCAGCUCUCGAUCUGAAAACAUGCCCCUCAAAGCCAUUCCGCUGGAUCCUGGAUAUGACCUGGCUAAACCUGGUGGAGCUCAGCAAACUGCCACAGUUCAUCAACAUCAUGGCCCAGGUGUCUCGAAAUGGGAAAAGCUGGAAAGCGUGGCUCGACAUGGACGCUCCAGAGGAAGCUGCCAUCCCAGACGGAUACGACGACUCCCUUCACGUCUUUCACAAACUUCUGCUUAUCAGGUCGUGGUGCCCUGACCGUACCUUGGCCCAGGGCAGGAAGUACGUUGGCGACUCCCUGGGCAUGAGAUUCGCAGAGCCGGUCAUUUUGAACCUUGAGGGCACGUGGAAGGAGAGCGACCCUCGUACGCCGCUAAUAUGCUUCCUCUCUAUGGGCUCAGAUCCCACCAACCAGAUCGAUGCACUCGCAAAAAAACUACGGCUUGAAUGCAGAGCUAUAUCCAUGGGACAGGGGCAGGAGGUGCAUGCGAGGAAGCUCAUACAGACUUCCAUGACACAGGGAGGCUGGGUCCUCCUGCAGAACUGCCACCUGGGUCUGGAGUUUAUGGAUGAACUGCUGGAGACGAUCUCCACAGUAGAGACGGUGCACGACAGCUUCAGGGUGUGGAUCACCACCGAGCCACACAACUGCUUCUCCAUCACUCUGCUGCAGUCCUCCAUCAAGUUCACCAACGAUCCGCCGCAGGGAGUGCGCGCCGGCUUGAAACGCACAUUCGCAGGAAUUUCCCAGAAGCAGCUGGAUGUCUGCAACCUGCCCAUGUGGAAGCCGCUGCUGUACGACGUGGCCUUCCUCCACACUGUCGUGCAGGAACGGCGCAAAUUUGGACCGUUAGGUUGGAACAUCCCUUAUGAGUUCAACUCAGCUGACUUCACCGCAAGUGUUGAGUUUGUUGAGAAUCACCUGGACGACUGCGGCCCCAAGAAGGGGGUGUCCUGGGUGACUGUGCGGUACAUGCUUGGCGAGGUCCAGUACGGAGGAAGAGUUACUGAUGACUAUGACAAACGACUUCUCAACUGUUUUGCUCGAGUGUGGUUCAAUGACAAGAUAUUUGAGCCGUCCUUCUGCUACUUCGUGGGCUACAACAUCCCAGUGUGCAGCUCGGUGGAGCAGUACAUGGAGCACAUCCAGACGUUACCUGCUGUGGACUCACCACAGGUGUUUGGGCUGCAUCCCAACGCUGACAUCACGUACCAGACCAAUACGUCUGCUGACGUCCUGAACACCAUCACAAACAUCCAGCCCAAGGAGAGCGGAGGAGGAUCAGGAGCCACUCGAGAGUCCAUCGUCCACAGUCUGGCAGAGGACAUGUUGGACAAACUGCCAUCCGAUUAUGUUCCUCACGAGGUCAGAGCCAGACUGGUAAAGAUGGGAGCUCUGAACUCCAUGAAUAUCUUCCUGCGUCAGGAGGUGGAUCGAAUGCAGAGGAUCAUCAGUGUGGUGCGCUCCAGUCUCACCGACCUCAAGCUGGCCAUCGACGGCACCAUCAUCAUGAGUGAGAACCUGCGUGAUGCUCUGGACAACAUGUUUGAUGCCCGGGUGCCAAACCAGUGGAGGAAGAUCUCCUGGGAGUCGUCCACGCUGGGCUUUUGGUUCACGGAGCUUCUGGAGAGGAACAGACAGUUCCACAGCUGGGUGUUUGAGGGAAGACCCAAAACCUUUUGGAUGACUGGCUUCUUCAACCCUCAGGGUUUUUUAACUGCCAUGAGGCAGGAAGUGACAAGGGCACACAAAGGCUGGGCUCUGGACACCGUCACCCUGCACAACGAAGUGUUGAAGAAGAACAAGGAAGAGAUCACAGCGCCCCCUGCUGAGGGCGUGUACGUGUACGGCCUGUACCUGGACGGGGCCGGCUGGGACAGGAAGAACAGCCGGCUCACUGAGUCUUCCCCCAAGGUGCUGUUCACACCUUUACCCAUCAUCCACAUGUUUGCCAUUAACUCCACGGCACCCAAGGACCGCAGGCUCUACAUCUGCCCCAUCUACAAGAAGCCUCGCCGCACCGACCAGAACUACAUCACGGGCGUGGUGAUGAACACCGCCGAGUCACCGGACCACUGGAUCCUGCGAGGAGUCGCCCUACUCUGCGACAUCAAGUGACCUGCAGCAGUCAAACCAAUGAUUUACUGUUUACUGUUAAUAUUCUGAAAGGAAACUGAUUCUGAACUUUAUAUCUGUUAAAUCUCUGUCACUGUCAUCUGAA